AGAAGUGACAGCACAGACAUCUACACAGACCACAACCCGCCCAACCCAAGAGAAGCUAAAGUGCUGAACAAAAUUUUCACAGAAAACCUGGGAAGCUUCUUCAGAGAUCUGACAUAGGCACAGGAGUCCCCCACUUCUAUUUCUCAAAAGGACAGAGGAUUAUAACGUCAGACUUGUCUCCUGCAUUUUUUGUUGUUUCUCUACCUCUCUUUCUCCCAGUAUGGCAGCCUGGGACCUGUCAGUCACAGUGGAGGACCUGGGGUCUGAUGCCCCACCUGUCACCCUCAGCGUGAUGUCUGACCUCCAUGUUGGAGGGGUCAUCCUCAAGCUAGUGGAGAAGACACAGAUGAAGCGUGAUUGGUCAGACCAUGCACUGUGGUGGGAGCAGAAGCAGCAGUGGCUGAUGCGAACAGCCUGGAGUUUGGAGAAAUAUGGCAUCCAUGCUGAUGCCCGGCUGUUAUUCAUGCCCCAACACAAGCCCCUGAGGCUGGGUCUGCCCAACGGCAUUACCCUGAGGCUCCGAGCCUGCUUCUCCAGCCCUGUCUUCCACACGGUGAUAGGUAUCUGCAGAAUGCUCAACAUUCGUCACCCUGAGGAGCUCUCCCUCCUUCGGCCCGUGGAGGAGAAAAAGAAGAAGAAAGAUAAGAAUUCUGCUGAGGAGAUCUACGACCUGACAGAGGUGCCCCUCUCCUCGGUGUCCCGGCCCAGUCUGUACAACGGCAUGCCCGCUCACUUCGCUGACUCACCUCAGAUGGAGGCCAUCUACAAGAUGCUAUCAGUCACACAGCCUCCCCCCGCCCCAGAGGUCAUAGCCAAACAGUACCGCCCAGCCAGUGUGGUGGACAAGGCUCACAUCAAUGGCAGGUGGCUGGAUUCAUCCCGGUGUCUUAUGCAGCAGGGCAUCCAAGAAAAUGACCGCCUCUGGCUUCGCUUCAAAUACUUUGCCUUCUAUGACAUAGAACCCAAGUACGAUGUUGUGCGUCUGACCCAGCUGUAUGAGCAAGCUCGCUGGGCCAUCCUGCUGGAGGAUAUCGAUUGCACCGAGGAGGAGAUGAUGCUGUUUGGCGCGCUCCAGUACCACAUCAGUAAGGUGUCUCAGUCGGAGCCUCAGAUGCAGAGCUCUAGUGCAGCCAUGGACGACCUGGAGUCAGCCCUGCAGUGCCUGGAGGUCAAGAUGGAGGGAGAGAGCAGCUCUGCGUCCGAGAUGCUGGACAUCAUGACUGCACCUGAGCUCAAUGACUAUCUGAAGAUAUUCAGGCCAAAGAGGCUGACACUGAAGGGAUACAAGCAGUACUGGUUCAAGUUCCAGGACACCUCCAUCUCUUAUUUUAAGAGCAAAGAAGAGAGCAUUGGAGAGCCCAUACAGCAAAUAAACCUGAAAGGAUGUGAGGUGGCUCCAGACGUUAACUUGGCCGCACAGAAGUUCCUUAUCAGACUCCUGAUACCAGCGCCUGAGGGCAUGAAUGAGGUCUAUCUGCGCUGUGAAAAUGAGCAGCAGUAUGCUCAAUGGAUGGCUGGAUGCCGUCUGGCCUCCAAAGGCAAGACACUCGCAGACAGCAGUUUCCAGAGUGAGAUACAGAGCAUCCGCUCCUUCCUGGCUAUGCAAAAGUCCAACUCUGGUUCCCAUGGUAACGUACCUGAUGAUGAAAGCAUCAAUACCCACAGUCUGGUAUCGCCACGUUACCAUAAGAAGUACAAAGCCAAGCAGCUGACCCCUCGGAUCCUGGAUGCAUACCAGAAUGUGGCUCAGCUCUCACUGACAGAUGCAGUGAUGCGUUUCCUGCAGAUCUGGCAGGCUCUGCCUGACUUUGGCCUCUCAUAUAUCGUCGUCAGGUUCAAGGGUAGCCGAAAAGAUGAGGUACUGGGCAUCGCCCCCAACCGCCUGAUCCGGAUUGACCUGGGGGUGGGUGAUGUGGUAAAGACUUGGCGCUACAACAACAUGAAGCAGUGGAAUGUCAACUGGGACAUACGCCAGAUGGCCAUUGAGUUUGAAGGCAAUGUCAACAUUGCUUUUAGCUGCGUGACUGCCGACUGCAAAAUUGUUCACGAGUUCAUUGGAGGCUACAUUUUUAUGUCAACACGCAGUCGUGAGAAGAGUGACACGCUCAAUGAGGAGCUCUUCCACAAGCUGACUGGUGGCCAUGAAGCUCUCUAAGACUACAACACACAAACACAA